GUUUCUACAACUUGCAUGACAGCACCAUGCACACGCAAAGUAUAAACAAAUCAGAUUGUAUCAUGCGUUUGAAACUUAAAUGAACGUACGCAUCGAUCCGCAGGUCUAAUGACGUGUAGACAAUUUCCUAGUUCUAGUUUCAGUUAGAAGAGAAUUGCGAUUAUGAAUCCUAUAAAUUUUCUUGUGGCUGCCGGCCUCGUUCACGGGGUACUGUUUUUCUUCAAUGUGAUGUUUCGGUCAUGCUCGCACAUUCCCUACCUCUUGUUCAUGGAGAACACUGGACUCGAGGUGAAGACGUUCAGUAUAAAAUGGUUCACAGGGGCUCUGAAUCGGCCUCUGGUCAAGUGGGGAACGUCGAGAUCGAAAUUCUGGAUUUUGUGGUUCAACUUGGGAGUUCUUGUGACGAUGGCCCUCCUUCCUGUUGCCUCGUUUAUUUUAAUCAAAAUGCUAGUACUUAUGUUUCUCAGUGGUCCCAAGGGUGAGAAGGUGGCUGCAGGGUGGGAACUGGAGCCCAUGAUUCCUGGGGUGAAUGUUCCCUUCGCCGACAUUCAGUACUACGCAAUCACCCUGGGUCUCUGCAGCAUCGUCCACGAGGCAGGUCACGCUCUGGCUGCUGCAAGAGAGGACGUCCAGCUGUACGGCGUUGGAAUGCUCCUAGUUUACAUCGUCCCAGUGGCCUUCGUCUCCCUCAACAGUGAGCAGCUCUCCCAGAGGCCGAUGCAGAAUCAACUGAGGAUUCUCUGCGCCGGAGUUUGGCACAACGUCGUCCUCGCAGUGGUCGCAGCUGUGGGUGUCUUCCUGGGCCCCUGGCUCUGGGCGCCAAUGUUCUCAGUGAACUCUGGAGUUGUCAUCACCUCGAUCCACCCCCACUCGCCUCUCCUGGGAGUCACAGGCUUGAGCCACUACGACGUCAUCCACACGAUAAACGAUUGUCCAGUUCGAAACGGCAACGACUGGCAUAACUGCAUCCUCCAGGCUGUGAAACAACCCACCCCGGGCUAUUGUGUUCCCCAGUCUCUGGUUCAAGAGCACGAUGAAUCCAUUCCUGUCUGGACAAUGGCCAAUGGAGAGGUGAAUUGCUGUCGCAGGGAGAGUGAAGCCGAUGGAAAAUUGUGCUUCGAAUUCAUCGAGGAGUCCCAAGUUCCCCUGCAGUUGCAAGAACAUUCUUGUCUGCCUACGAGAUUGAUCAUCGAAAUGUCGAGGGGAAUCUGUAGGUCAGGAAAACAGUGCUUGGAAUCUGGGACUCACUGCAUGAAGCCCACGUUGGAUAACGUGACAAAAAUAGUUCAAAUCAAACGAGAAAUUGGAAAGGACGUCCUAUUCUUCGGUCACCCAGCAGAGAUCUAUCGAACACUUGAAAUAUCAGAGUGGGUGCCAAAAUAUCAGAUUUUCAGUUCUGAUUUACCAGAGUCUCUGACAUUACUCUGCAAAUACAUAACUGUGAUCUCAGCGGGUCUGGCUGUGAUGAAUGUCGUCCCCUGUUUCUUCUUCGAUGGUCAACACAUUGUCUCCACACUUGCUCAGAACCUACUGAGACCCAGGAUAAGGCACAAGAGCUUGAGGCAAGCCAUUGCUCUGACAGUCACGAGUGUCGGGACUCUGGUGCUUGUUAUCAAUAUCAUUCAUGCUCUUGUGCAGAGACAGAGGUAGUUGGUGAAGCGAACUGUGGUGGAUGAGUUUAUUCAUAGUUUUAUGUACAGUGAUUUAGGGAGAUUUUUGCCCUGAUUUUUUUGGUCCUUGCUUUGUACAUUUGUUCAUAUUCUGCAUUCAGUCGGUGGGUUAUUUUGUCAAGUUGAGGUUUCGCUUGAGUUCUUUCAUUGAGUUCUCCCCGUGGACAAUCAGGGAUUUAAUCGCGAACUGAAAUGUUAAUGUAAAUUAAAUCUUAGAUUGUUAUUGAAUUUUGAGGAAAAUAAGUCUUAAAUGAAUUAAUUCAUAUUUGGGUUGAGAAAAUCUUGAUUCGUGAACAGGGGCUCAUGGGGCAAAAUGGACUUGACUUUUUUUUAUAUCAAUUGCUUAUUUAAUUUGUAGUGAAAUCGGAUGAUUUUUCUUUCAUGGAGAGGACGAUUGAGAAUGUUUUGUUUCCAUUCGAGAAUGGGUUUUUCUUGAAUUAAGAAUAUUUCCUUUCAAAUGGAGAAUUUCCACACGUCUAAAAAUAAUGAUUGGCAUCCAUGAGAAUGAUUGAUGCAUUUAUUUCUCAUUUAUGACUUUUUUGAAAAACAUGAAGUGUUCAAUUUCCCCACAGAUUCACGAAUAAAAUAUUCUUUAUUAGAGAAUGAAAAAUGAAAAAUAAAUAGUAAAUAAGUGAAAAAUGUAAAAUAAGCAAUACUUGUUCCUAAAUGGAGAAUUUCCACAUGUAUGAAAAAAUUGAAAAGAAUUUCUUUGUGGAUUUCUUCAUAUGAUCUUUACAGUAAUAAAUUUUCUGCUACAAAAUA